AUGAAUAAUAGCGAUCAAAAGAAUUUGGCUUGUAGUAUUUCGGAUGAACGGCACGUACUACAUGUUCAAUAUAUUCUUGGUGGAUGGAUAUCAUGUCUUGUGGUUCUCUUUGGUAUAUUUAGUAAUGGUCUUUCAAUAUUAGUAUUAGGCAAUCGUCGUAUGCGUUAUCUUUCAACUAAUAUUUAUCUGCUUGCACUUUCAAUUGUUAAUCUUGCCUGGCUAAUACUUUAUUUUGGUGUCAAUUCAUUUCGAUUUACACUUAUUAUUCCGAAGUUUUUAGCCAAUCGAGAUGAAAAUGCUUAUCAUGAAUAUGAUGAUUUGGUUCAACGAUGUUCUCCAUAUAUAGUUCCAUUAAUGAAUACUUUACAAUUAUGUUCAAUUUAUUAUACUGUAGCUGUAUCAUUUGAUCGUUUUCUUUAUUUAUCAUAUGGUCUACAAGCUGAAACAAUUUGUACCGUACGAAAUUCUCUUCGUGUUAUAACAGUAAUCACAAUAUGUUCAACUUUAUUUAUUUUACCACAUUGGUUUAAACAUCGAGUUGAAUUAAAUGAAAAUAAUCGUGUACAAUUAAAACUAACAUCAAUUGGUGAAAAUCAAUUAUUUCGUAAAAUAAUUCAUAUAUGGCUUUACAUUCCUGUUGUAUACGCGCUCCCAUUUCUAUUACUUAUAUUUAUAAAUUUCUUUACAAUAAAACUACUGCGUAAAUUUUAUUUAAAUCGUCGUCGACAUUUAAAUUUAACAUCAGCAUUAUCAACACAAAAUAAUGAGCAACGUGAACGUGGUAUAACAUCAAUGUUAAUCGGUGUUGUUUUAUUAUUUUUUAUUUGUCGUUUUCCAAUGUUAAUUAAUCAUAUAUUUGAAACAAAAUUAUCGUUAACAUCAUAUGAUGAUUAUGGAAGUAAAAAUUUUAAUUCUAAUAAAAAUAUAUUAUAUGAUAAAUGUCGUUCUCGACGUUUAUUUAAUACAACAGUUAAUUUUUUACAAACAAUAAAUGCAUCAGCAAAUCUUUUUUUCUAUUAUAUAUUUGGAGCAAAUUUUCGUGAAACAAGUUUUGAAUUAGCAAAAUUAGUUCGUAAACGUGCUGCAAGACGACGAAAUACAUUAGUAGAAAAUAUUAGCUAUUAUAUACAGCAACGCAAUACAAGUCCAAAUAUAACUCUAAGAAAUCAAAGUAUUGAUCAACAACAACAAUCAAUAAAUUUAUUAAAUAUUGAACAAGAUGACUUAACAAAAAAAUAG